ACGACAGAAAUACUCGGCCAUUUAUUGGAAAAUCGAACGAACGAGCGAGCUUUUUUUCCCUCCCACUGCAGAUAAGAUAGGGAAACUCUAGACAAUUCAGCGAACCGUUCAGUGUGCUAAGAACCUUCAUCAUGGGGAGAAUCGCAAUUAGAAAUACGUGCAGAAGCAGAGCAGGGGUGGCCUGCCUCCUGCUGCUGGUGGCACUGGUGUGUGGGGCCUGUGGGGCGGAGAACAUCGACGCCGAUGAGGUGGAUCGCUUCUGUUAUCCGGACUCCAAGCGCGACUCGCGCCACUCCUGCGAGUGCAACAACGUGAGUGCCGCGCCCUGGGGCAUGCGAGCGCUGCGCAUCGACUGCAGCUACAAGGAAUAUCGGUCCGCGGAUCUCUCGGAGCUGCUGCCCCUCUACAUAGACACGCUCGACCUCGCGUGGAACGCUCUCGACCUGGCGCCAGUCUUCAGCAGCGACAGCCUCCACCAGCUCAAUCUGAUGCACAACAACAUCAGCCAGCUGAGUGGCAACAACUUUGCCAAGUUGAUCAGCCUGCGGGAGCUGUACCUGGGCUGGAACAGCAUUUCCUUGGUGGAGGCGCAAGCCUUCGCCGGUCUGCCCCAUCUGCAGGUGCUCGAUCUGUCGCACAACAAUCUGCACUCGCUGCCAGGGCAGCUGUUUGCCCCCGUGCUGGUGCUCGCCUCGCUGGACCUCUCCUGGAACCGCAAGCUCAACGGGACCGCGCAGCUGCAGCAUGGAGAUCUGUACACGGACCUCGGCAUCAACUGGAAGCUGUCAACUCUGCGCAUGGAUGCCUGCAGCCUGCAAGAGCUCCGGCUGCCUGCGGGUGCUCCCCUCAAGGAGCUCUCGCUGCGGCGCAAUCUCUUCCGGCGUGUGCCUGGCCAGCUGCCGCAGACGCUGCUCCACUUCGACAUCAGCGACAAUCUGCUGGAGCGGCUGCUGCCCGAGGAUACGGCCAAUCUCACACAAGUUCGGCAGCUGUUUGUGGAGGAUAUGUCACUGAUGCAGGGAGUGGCCGCCCAUGCUCUCGUUCCGCUCCAGCUGCUGGAGUCGAUCAGCUUCCAGAACAGCCGGCACAUGAACCACUUUGACGGUGAGGCCUUCGGUGCCCUGCCCAAGAUCCCCUCCCUGCGCACGCUGUCGUUUCGUGGGACUCUUUUGCGCUCUUUUAAUUCCUCGCUUUCGCCGGUUUUUGCACAGCUUACCGAGCUGGAUCUCAACGGUGUCCCGCUUAACUGCGAUUGCGAGUUGGUCUGGCUAAAGAAGCUGUCCAUCGAGACGGGCGGACGCUGCUUACGGCCGUCGCGGAUACGCGGCAUGCUUGUCUCCUCGGCCCGCCGCGAGGCCUUCAGCUGUGACACCUGGCCACGCUGGGCCUACGGCCUGGUUGUGCUCACCCUGAUCGCCCUGUGCGCCGUGGGCAUUUACCUGAUUGUGAUGGGUCUGCGACCGCAUCGAGGCGUCACCAUGCGGCGGAAGGUGGGUGCUGGCAGUCCCUAUGCCCGCGUCACCAUCGAACCCAAUCGCCAGGAGAACUUGAGCUAGACUUGGCUUGGCCUUUGGGGUGGAGCUUGACGUGCCAUGAGGUUUCCAAUUAAGUUUUCUAUGACUGUUUUUUUUCUUUAUUACAACCCAAUAAACAAUUGAAUAUUUAAGUGAA